AUGGCGUGCGGUGACGUAUCUCACCCGUCGAUGGGGCGCCUGCUGGUGUGGGUCGCGGUGGCGCUGGGCGCCUGCCUGCCGCUGGCGGCUGGGCAGGUCGCCCUGCAGUGCUUCCCCACGCCGGAGUUCAAGUCCUACACGAGGGAGGCGCAGGACGUGCGCGUGGCGUUCUCGCUGAAGGCUCCAGGAAAACUGAGGUCUUCUGCUCCGCUCUCACUGACGACGGUGCUCGAUCGAUCGGGAUCCAUGCACGGCAGGAAGAUGGAGCUGCUGCAGGCGACCAGCAAAUUUUUGGUCGACAAGCUGGCGGAGGACGACGGCACCCACAACACGGGCAUUGUGGUGUAUGGGGAUGACGUCGUGGAUCUGGUUGAGUUGCAACCCGUCACCAAGAAGAUCGCCCCCCUCAUGAACCAGGCCAUUGACAGCGUCUUCGCGUAUGGCCAGACGUUCCUGUCGGGCGGCCUGAAGCGCGGACUCGAGCAGCAGAGGGACGGGCCGAAUGAUUACGUGAAGAAUGUCUUUCUGUUCACAGACGGCCUGCCCACCAUUGGGUCCACCACGCCGGAGGACAUCAUGAGGGAAAUGGAGGAAAUCCGUUCCAGCGUGUCCUGCAACAGAUUUGGAGAUGGGGGCGGCAACUUUGGCGAUGGGGGAAAUAAUUUCGGCGAUGGCGGAAAUAAUUUCGGCGACGGCGGAAGCAACUUCGGAGACGGGGGAGGCAAUCGUGGAGAUGGGGAGUGCGGUCCGUCCAUCUCAGUGUCCACCUUCGCCGUUGGCGACGAAAUUGACGUUCUGCUGCUGGAGGACAUCGCUCGCGCCGGCGGCGGCCAGGCGUACAUCAUCUCCAACGAGGACGACAUUCCGAUCGCAUUCGGAGACGCCAUCGGGGGCCUCCUCUCCAUCGUCGCGCAGGACAUCGACAUCUUCUUCAAACCCAUCAACGGAGUGUUCAUGAGGGCCAUCCGAACCGGAGGCAACGUCACGGAGUUCAGCGACGGG